GCUCCUAAAACAUCUAUAGUGUUUGAUUUUCAAAUGCAGUGAAUCCUUAGUAUUUAUAUAUUAACAACUGUAUAAAAAUUAUACAUACAAGUAUAGACAUGUAUUGCUUGAAUUGCCUCAACUUUCUACCCACAUACAACGUAUCCAAGUGGCUUAACGAGCCAAGUUAUGUUUGGAGGAUAGUUUUCCUUUGUUGUUUGGCGAACUUCAUUAACGCAGCUGAUCGAGUUAUCAUGCCUAUUGUUAUAAUUCCCAUAUCGAAUCACUUUGGCUGGAAUCUUCACCAAUAUGGAUUAGUUCUGAGUUCGUUUUCUGUAGGCUAUCUUGGAAGUAUGAUUAUAGGUGAAAGAGCAGCAAGACGAUAUGGUGGAGGUCUGGUCCUUAGUUUUGCCAUCGCAUUCUGGUCAUUAUCAUCCCUCCUCACUCCAUUCUUUGCUCACUCUAUUCGCUCUCUGAUAACUGUGCGUAUACUACUUGGCUUAAGAGAAGGAAUAGGUCUUCCUACGGUAUUCCACAUAUUUUCUUAUGUUGUGCCUGUUGAAGAACGCAGUCGAUCUUUCAGUUAUAUGGUCACAUUUGGUGCUGUUGGUCAAACAGUAGCUACCUUGGUUUGCCCUCAUUUAAUUUGGUCUCAUUCGUUUUUCAUAUUUGGUUUUAUUGGUCUUGUGUGGAUUUGUUUCUGGAUCCCUGUCUUUAACGUUGUUAGAAGAGCUGAGUCACGAAUUGAGUUGCCUGCUCAACAAUCUCAGCCUUCCAGACCGUCUCUUCGUUGGACCGAAUUCGUUUCACACUGGCCAUUAUGGGCAAUUUAUAUUGCUCAUUUCAGUAUGAACUGGUCAAAUUAUAUUGUAAUGCUAUGGUUACCGACCUACUUAUUCCGUUAUUUGGGAGCUACUGAAUAUGCAAUAAUGCUAACAGCUAUACCUUAUAUAUGUAAUUGUAUUGGGAGUGUUAUCGCCGGACGGCUAGCGAAUUACUUAACUAAACGGCAGUUCACUGUACUAACUGUUCGACGCUUAAUGUCAUCUAUUGGUCUUCUUGGUCCAGGUGUGGUACUUUUUUUGUUUUCCCUAUCAAGCAGUGUAACAUCAGCUAUUGUGGGACGUUAACAUUCAUUUUCGAGUAGCACUUGGUGAAACUUAGCAAUGAUGUUAUUUUCUGCAAUUAUCCAAGGGGAAAUGCAAAUUCUUCAAGUAUGGCGUAACUUGUGUCCAAAUGCAUUAUGGGAAAUAAGCGAAUUUUUGCAAUGCGAUACUCUGGACACCAGGUUUUUAAUUGAGAUUUAAUCGAUGUAAAAGCCAAUGAAGUGUGUUUCAUUCAAAAAGUGAAGAUGACCAGUCAAAUUCAAGCUGGGCGGAAUGGGUUAUUUGUAUUUAUAGGAAAAUCGUCGUUCAUGAGGUUGUAAUGAAGCGUGAUGACAUUAUAGUUAAAACAUCUGAUCCGAAAGACUCCAUGAUGGAGAAAUUUUAUUACAAUUCUGACACUAACAUGCAAUCAUAUAUGCGUAACCCUACAGUCAUUUAGUUUUCAUCGGAAUAUGUGAAUCUGAUACAACGAUAAAAAAAUAAGGUAAAUCUACAGUACUUCAUGGGUAUGCUUGUCUGUAUAUUCCUGUGUACAAUAUGUAUCAUUCAUGUAAACAAAAAUUAGUUUUUCCCUUUUGCCUUAAAAAAACGUAGCAUGAUACUGAGAUUUUCUUCGAUAAACAUAAAAUAUUAUCAGGUGUUGACUAUUUUACGGGACUGAAUUGAAUGAAUAUUCUCAUAUAACGUUCCUAUGAAUUAUUUUUGUGUUGUCAGUUGGUAUUCCCUAUCAUUUAUGAGUAAUUACUUCUAGAUUUUGAUUAUUAUUUCACUGAGUGUAAACUGCAAAAUGUUGGUACAGAAGUCUUUUAAAUCCGUCUGUAGCCUUAUUAUUUGUACAAUAUUCUUUUGCUAUAUUUUCCAAUUGUUCAAAUUUUUACAUAUCAUGAAAAAUUGUUUUGUUUUUCUUUAGUCAGUAUUGUUCGUCAAUGUUAAAUAUUUAGAAAUUGAUACUGGUAAUAAGCUCGAACAUAAAUGUAGAUUUUAAAAAAACACUUAAAAGCCUUCCUGUAAAGAAAUUUCAAUUUUGCGAGUUCAUAGUAAAAUGACUUAUCUUUUAUUCAGUCCUUAACGUAAAUAAAAAUUAGCUCAGUAAAUUAGAUGCAAAUGUGUGUAAUGACUGUGAAUCCCACUUAGUAUGCUUGCUGUAAACCAUCACUGAAUUAUGUAUUCCUAAGUAAGGUAAGUUUCAUUAUCACAUCUUAUAAAAAUGCAUAUUAUUAUA